AUGCAUUGGCCGCCACUCUCUCCCAUCUCACCACUUGUAAUCUCCAUCCUCGUACCAUCAUGCAUCGCCGCCGGCCAAGGCGAGAACAGUAGCCCCCAGCCUCUGCCAAAUGGUGAUUCCGUCUGUGAAUGCUUCCUAUCCAAUGGCACGCAGCCCAGCUACUUCUCCAAUCACAUGUUCUUCGACUUUCGGAAUCUGACCAAGGAUGCCGGCGUCCCAGCGCUCAUCACCAACGAGACUCUGGCAACGAUAGCCCGUCCUACGAGCGAGUACUUUUCGGAUGACGAAUGGACGAGUGUCUGGCAGCUUCAAGGAUGGAGCAAUAGCGAGGGCAAAGGCAAGGGCCUGUCCGGGGCGGCGGCGGUCCUGAUGGUCAACUCUCCAAGCAACGUGUACAUCCAAAAUAACAACGACAGCGAUGCCGCAUCGGACACGUACAUGACACUGCGAACUCAGCGUCUUCCCAAGUUUCAAACUGCGGCGGCUUUCCAGACAAAGACGUCGGACUACCAGUUCCUGUCUCUGCGUAUGCUGGCCCGAACAACCGGUGGCCCCGGAGCCGUAACCGCCAUGUUCACAUACCGAGAUGCCACCGCAACAUCCAACGUGCAAGAGGCAGACUUUGAAGUCCUGACUCGCGGUCCGCGGGAAAGAGUCCAGCUUACAAACCAGCCGUCCUUUGACAGCAAUGGUCAGGUGAAUCCGGAUGCCACGCGCAACGUCACGCUGCCGGAUGACAUGAUCUGGAGCCAAUGGGCCGUGUACCGGCUCGACUGGACCUCGCAGAGCAGCGUCUGGUAUGUAGACGGCCAGCAGCUUGCCAACAUCACCUUUCAGGUGCCCCAAGAAGCCUCGGGCAUCAACUUCAACGCGUGGAGCGACGGCGGAAGCUGGAGCGGAAACAUGACUGUGUACGACCAGGCGAACCUGCAGAUCCAGUGGAUCGAGAUGAUAUACAACACCUCCGCUCCGACGACGGGAGAACUGCUCCGGCGGCGAGACUCCUCUUCCCGCACCUGCAAGGUCGUGUGCAGCAUCGACGACGUCGCGGAAGCGGGAGUCGCCACUAUGCUGUGGAAUAGUAGUAGCACAGCCACGCGGAUGGCCGGUGCUGACGCACCAAAUGGCAUGGCAUGGGCGUGGGCCCUGCUUGUUGGGAGUCUCGUCUGGCUCGUGGCCGUUUGA